AUGUCAUCACUUGCGCUCGGCCUCGGGAGCCGCACUGCUCCUCUGCGCUGCUCCGUCAUCUCACCUCGAUCCCUGCGUUUCCCCAUAUCAUCGCAAAGACAAUGGCAAUGGCACCAAACAGCUAAUUGCUCCUCCAACUCCUCAGACUCAAUCGAACGAGCCAUCAAUGGCAACAGGUCGUUUGCCCAACGCUUCAAAAAUGAAAAGCCAGAUCUCUUGAAGGAGCUCAUCGCCGGCCAGCACCCUGAAAUGCUCUGGAUCGGAUGCGCUGACUCGCGAGUCCCCGAGACCACCAUCUGCGGCAGCGAACCUGGCGAUAUCUUCGUGCACCGCAACAUUGCCAACUGCCUUCAUGAGAAUGACGUCAACUCCGCCAGCGUCAUCGAGUAUUCCGUCGCCUUUCUCAAGGUCAAGAAGAUUAUGCUCUGCGGACACACAAAGUGCGGUGGAGCUGUUGCUAGCCUUGGCGACGACGACUUGGGCGACACACUCAACACCUGGCUCACGCCCAUCCGCGAGAUACGCAGGAAGCACCAGGCUGAGCUUGACAAGAUUGAGAACCCCGACGACCGGGCGGUGCGUCUAGCUGAGCUCAAUGUUCACAGGGGAAUUGAGGUUCUGCUUGCCAACCCGACCGUUCAAACAGCCAUGAAAGAGCGAGGACUCACCGUGCAUGGCGCCAUCUACGACAUUGCAGAGGCUGAGCUUCGUGUGCUCGACACCCCGCAGUGA